AUGCACGCGAAGUGUUCGACAAUACGCCGGACCCAACUGUGUUUCUCUACAACAAGCUCAUUCAAGCUUAUUCUUCUCGAAGUUCGCCCCUUCAGUACCUGUGCGUCCAAAUGCGGCUCAAAGGCGUAUCGCCCAACGCGCAUUCUUUCAACUUUUCUCUUUAGUGCUUGUUCCAACCUUGGUGAUCCACUCCCUGCACAUGCUCUUCACGUUGAUUUCGUUAAAUUUGGUUUAGAAUUUGAUAUCUAUGCCUCCACUGCAUUGGUUGACAUGUAUGGUAAAUUGGGCUUGGUUCAUCUUGCCCGAAAACAAUUUGACGGGUGGAAACCAGAGACUGCCUUCAUUGCAGGGUAUGCGAAACAUGGAGAGAGCGUCGGGCUUGUUUUCAGAGAUGCAUUCGAGAUAUAUAAUCUCCUGGACAGCAAUGAUAUGGGGGCUACUCAUCGAAUGGCAAAUAUAGAGAAGCAUUGGGUAUGCCGUGCAGGAAAACUUCAAGAGGCUCAUGAUCUUAUUCGACGCAUGCCCAUGAGACCGGAUUCUAUUGUUUGGGGAGCAAUGCUGGGGGCCUGUUGCUUCCAUAGCAAUGUGGAGUUGGGGAGAUGGGAUGGUGUUGCCAAGAUGAGGAAAAUAAUGAGGGGCUCCCAAAUAACGAAGACUGCGGGGUAUAGCUUCAUGGAGGAAGAUAACCAAGUCCGUGAGUUCAUUGUUGGAGGUAAAUCUCACCCACAUUCUGAUCAGAUUUAUGCAUUGUUGGAUGAUAUCCAUGCAAAGAUUGAACUGUAUACAAGUACUGUUGACUCUAUUACUGACGAUGUGUGGAUCACUGUAAAUUUAUAA